AUGUAUACAAGUCAUGAAGAUAUUGGGUAUGAUUUUGAAGAUGUCCCCAAAGAUAAGAAGACACUUAAAUCCCACCCAGACAUUGAUGGUGGCUGGGCUUGGAUGAUGGUCCUUUCCUCUUUCUUUGUGCACAUCCUCAUCAUGGGUUCCCAGAUGGCCCUGGGGGUCCUCAAUGUGGAAUGGCUUGAAGAAUUCCAUCAGAGCCGUGGCCUGACCGCAUGGGUCAGCUCCCUCAGCAUGGGCAUCACCUUGAUUGUGGGACCCUUCAUCGGCUUGUUCAUUAACACCUGCGGCUGCCGCGGGACGGCGAUCGUCGGCGGACUCGUGAACUCGCUCGGCUGGGUGUUGAGCGCCUAUGCCGCCAACGUCCAUUAUCUCUUCAUUACCUUCGGAGUGACAGCUGGCUUUGGGAGUGGGAUGGCCUACCUGCCGGCAGUGGUCAUGGUGGGUAGAUACUUCCAGAAAAGGCGCGCCCUGGCCCAGGGCCUCAGCACCACGGGGACCGGCUUUGGCACCUUCCUCAUGACGGUCUUGCUCAAAUACCUGUGCGCGGAGUACGGGUGGCGGAACGCGAUGUUCAUCCAAGGCGCCGUCUCGUUAAACCUGUGUGUGUGCGGGGCGCUCAUGAGGCCCCUCUCUCCUGGGAAGGAGAGAAAAGACCCAGCAGGGAGAGAUCCGCAGGUGCCCCCUGCUCACUCUACAGAAUCUGUGAAGUCCAGCGGACGGCUGGGCAGGGCAGACGACAAGGAGGGCAGCCCCGGGCGCGUGGAGACCCUGGGCGACCUUGCGGACCAGGCGUGCCCGGAGGAGGCCGGGCGCAGGAAGAACCUGUGCGCCUUCCGGGUGCUAAAGAUGGUGAGCCAGCUGACCCUGCGCGUCAGGAAGGGCUUCCAGGAAUGGUACUCCGGCUAUUUUGGGGCAGCCUCCCUCUUUACUAACAGGGUGUUUGUAGCUUUUAUUUUCUGGGCCCUGUUUGCAUACAGCAGCUUUGUCAUCCCUUUCAUUCACCUCCCAGAAAUAGUCAAUUUGUAUAAUUUAUCAGAGCAAAACGACGUUUUCCCCCUGACGUCCAUCAUAGCAAUCGUUCAUAUCUUCGGGAAAGUGGUCCUGGGCAUCGUGGCGGACUUGCCCUGCAUCAGCGUCUGGAAUGUCUUCCUGAUGGCCAACUUCACCCUCGUGCUCAGCAUUUUCCUUCUGCCACUGAUGCACACGUAUGCCAGCCUGGCGGUCAUCUGCGCCCUGAUAGGCUUUUCCAGCGGUUACUUCUCCCUGAUGCCCGUCGUGACUGAAGACUUGGUGGGGAUUGAGCACCUGGCCAAUGCCUAUGGCAUCAUCAUCUGUGCUAACGGCAUCUCUGCAUUGCUGGGACCACCGUUUGCAGGGUGGAUCUACGACAUCACACAAAAAUAUGAUUUUUCCUUCUAUAUAUGUGGUUUACUUUACCUGAUAGGAAUACUCUUUUUACUGAUUCAACCAUGUAUUCAGAUUAUAGAACAAUCCAGAAAGAAAUCCAUGGGUGGCACACAGGUGUAG